AUGCCUAUAUUAACAUCUUUACACAUUGACCAAUCUUAUCAUAAUCACUUGCUUGAAGAGGAACUUUAUUAUGAUUUCAUAUUUCUUAAAUGUAAAGCUACUGAAAAUUAUACUUUUUUAAAUACUGACCAACAUGCUAUAUAUAAUACUAUAUUUAUUCUCUUAGAUAAGAUCAGAUCUUCUUGUCAUAUAGCUCUUGUCAUUGCUUUUUUAGGAAUUGCAUCUCUUUUGUUAAAAGGAGGUAUUAUUGCACAUUCCAGAUUUAAAAUUCCUUUUGAUUUGCAUAAGGAUUCAAUCUGUAAUGUUCUACACAGUUCUGACCUAGCAAUUCUUUUACAACAAACAUCUCUUAUUCUUUGGGAUAAGGCUCUAAUGUCUAAUCAUUAUGCUUUCAAAUAUGUAGAUAGAACUCUUAAAGAUUUAAUAAAGGCAUUAAAUUCUAUAUUAGAGCACAAACCUUUUGGUAAAAAAGUCAUUAUUUUCAGAGAAGACUUUUGCCAAAUAUUAUCUAUAGUAUCAAAAGGAAGAAGAAAAGAUAUUGUAGGCUCCUUAAUAAAACUAACUAUUAAUAUGCGCUUGCAACAAUCUUUAAACCCUAUUACUUUAUCUGAAACUCAAGAAUUUGCAGAUUGGCUUUUAGAAAUUGGUAAAAAUCAUGUUGAACAACAUAUAAAUAAAUCAAAUUAUAUUAAACUUCCUGAUGAUAUUUAUAUUUUGUUAGAACAUCUUCAUGAUUUAAUCAAUUUCGUAUAUCCUGAUCUUAAUACUAAUGCAAAUAACUUUUAUUAUAUAAUUGAUUAUAUAAUACUUGUUCCAAAAAAUACUAAUGUUUCUUUAAUUAAUUCUACA